AUCAGUCUUCGCAGUUACUCGGCAUUUGUUAAGACGGGACGACAUAACAGUAAAAUGGUGAAGGCACGCAAAUACGUUGUUAAGAAAGUCUUCCAGGGCUUACCCAAACGAGAAGACUUCGAAAUUGUAGAAUACGAAUUGCCAGCGCUCAAGAAUGGAGAGAUUCUGGUCAAAGUUGAGUGGGUGAGUGUGGAUCCAUUCAUGCGGGCAUACAAUUCAGUAGCCCAGGUAGGAUCCGAGUUCACUCCCUAUGACCAGUUUGGUUUUCAAAUCGGAUUAGUGGAAGAAUCCAGGGAUUCCAAAUAUCCAGUUGGCACAAGAGUAGUCUCUCACAAAGGCUGGUGUGACUACGUUAUUAUCGAUCCUAAUGUCCCCGAUAAACUAGCAGGAUCAGUGUAUAAAUUGCCUGACCUGAGCGGUUUAUCGAACUCGUUUGGUAUUGGUGCAGCUGGUAUGCAUGGUGCAGUAGCUUACUUCGGAUUUCUGAAAAUCUGUCAACCUAAAGAGGGUGAAACAGUGGUUGUGACGGGCGCUGCUGGAGCAGUCGGUUCGGUAGUAGGUCAGAUUGCUAAGAUCAAGGGCUGCAAGGUCAUCGGCAUCGCUGGCUCUGACGAGAAGGUGAAGUGGCUGGAGGAGAUUGGUUUCGACAAGGCGAUCAAUUACAAGACUGCAGAUGUCGCCGCGGCUCUGAAAGAAGCCGCUCCCGGGGGUGUUGACUGCUUCUUCGAUAAUGUUGGUGGAGACGUCAGCAAUGAAGUCAUAUAUCAGAUGAAUGAAUAUGGCAGAGUAGCUAUCUGUGGAAGCAUCAGUGUGUAUAAUUUGGAUCGUGACAAAAGACCCCAGGGCGCGUUGCUGCAACCUGUUAUAGUAGGUAAACAACUGAGAAUUGAAGGUUUUAAUUUAGGGCGAUGGUUGGAUCAGCUAUCGAUUGCACACGAACAACUUAUCAAGUGGAUACGAAGUGGAAAGUUGAUACCCAGGGAGCACGUCACGGAAGGUUUUGAAAACAUCUACGACGCUUUUGUAGGAAUGUUGAAAGGUGAAAAUGUUGGAAAAGCUGUUGUUAAAUUGUAAGUUUAUAAAGUGGUGUAUAACUAUCAAACCUGUUGUAAAAUUAUAAUAUCCAAGCAUUGUAAAAAAUAAACUAUGUUAUAAAAUGUUA